CUCGUAGUAGUUGUUAUGAUGAAGAGCUUGAACGAAGACUACUAUCCGUACGACGACCAGCCCUCCAUUAGGUCACUCGACUAUGAGGUGCUCGAGGAGUUCGAGGAGGAGAUACAACACUUGAGCCCUUACAAGUCCGGAGAGCCGGUGGAUGACGAAGUCGAGGACGAGGAGUCCGCCUCGUCUUCAAAAGGUGAGGACGCAGGUGCGUCCCGAGUGGUGGACGGGGCGUCCACUUCCGCCGUUAUUCCAUGCCCGAGGCCGGUGUCUGCCGUGAAGGGAGCAGAUAAGCCGAAGAGAGUAAGGAUGCCGAAGAGUGGGCCGGGCGUUUCCUACCUGGACCUCACAAACAUCUUCCUGAUCAAGCCGGAGAGCAGCGCGGCCGACUACUUGGUUGCCCAGAUGUACGUGGGGCCGUUCGGGCGGGUUAGGGCACCCAGGCCGACGGACCAUGUUCUUCAUCCGCUACCGGGAUACUUUGGAGUAUACCCGAUGAGUUUUGCCAAGGGGCUGAGGUUUCCCCUUCACCCCUUCAUCACCGAAUACCUUGACAUGGUGGGGCUCCCUCCGGCCUUGCUGACGCCGAACAGCUAUUCGUUGAUGGUGGGGUUUUUGCUCCGCUGUGAGGAGCUGGGCUACAGGCCGACGACGGCUCUGUUCAUGAAUCUGUACCAGAUAGGCCGAGGAAGCCACAAAAAUUGUGCGGCCUAUGCUACUCUCCAACAGCUGCCGAAGAAGAGGAGCCUCACGGACUUGCCUUCGUCCAUUCAUGGGUGGAAGAGCAAGUUCGUUUUUGUAUCCCUUGGUGAGAGUGGCACCGAGUUUCCCUCUCUCGGCCAUACCGGGAGGUUCAAUCUGCAUGACCCGCCGAAGAGUUCUAUCUUGGACGCUCAGGUGGAGGCUUUCUUGGAAGGGGGCCGAGGAGCGUGAAGGAUUAUAUCACCGAAUACAAGAUGACCGCCCUCGGCUUCUUAAGAUACCAUGUGUAUGGCGAUAAGGAGGAUGAUCUCCAACUCUGGUCGAGGAUGACCACCACCUUCGAAGAGGCCGACGGCCCGGAUUUGGGCAUUCCUGCUGAGGCCGAUGAUUUUGUCAUGGAUCGUCGUUCCAUCAUGGCUAUAGCCAAGGCCAAAGCGGCCGAGGAGUUGGCUGCAAAGGCGGCCGAGGCGGCCAGACGUGCCGCGGCCGAGGGAGGCGGAGCUACUGCUGGUGCGGCCCAAAAGCCUGCCCAAUCCAAGAAGAAGAGGCCUCCCCCUGACAGCCAGAAGAAGUUGACUGAGGCCGGCCUGAACGUCACCAAGAAGACGAAGAGGGCGCCGUCUCCUUCCCAGGCUACUGAGGCCGGCACUCUUACCUUCCCUAGUGUGGACGAAAGUGGUCCUGUUGUGGACCUCACUGCUCCUAGCGAUGCUGCCCAAUCGCUUCCUCUCGUCCAGGAGCCACGGACGAAGAGGGCCGACAAGGAGAUUGCCGGUGCCACCUACCAGAAGAUGGUGGAAUACCCCGUCGGCGGGGGUGUUUUUGAUGAUGUCGUCCUUGGCCACGACGUUCUGGCCCAGGCCAUGCCGGCCAAAGAUAGGGCCUAUCUGAAGAGGCUCGGGGACGUGAAGGUAUACGAAGGCGGGAUGGACCUCCUCGUCCAAGUAAGUUUCCUUCCUUUCUAUGUUUCGUCUUUCUCGUCGUCCGGGUGGAAUCGUUUGCCCGAGUUUUGUUUGUCUUGUUUAUGCAGGGUGCCUUCAUGCUCAUGGAGAGCCACAAGAGGCAGUACCGGGAGAUAGCUCGUCUGAAAGAGCUUGAGCAGAAAGCUGCCACGGCCGAUGAGGCGGUCGUUUGCUUGGAUCAGCUCCGGGAGGAUGCCAAGGCCUUGCAACAGCGGGCCGACGAGGCCGCUGCAGCCAGGGACGAUGCCCUGGCCAAACUCGAGGAGAGCCAAAGGGCGCUGGAGGCCGAGCGGCGCAAAAACGAGGAAGCCGUGAAGGCGAAAGCUGAGGCCGAGGCUGCCGCUGUGAAGGCUGCUGAUGAGGCCGUUGAGCAGUUCUUGGCCGAGGGGUGGAAGGCCGAUGAGCGGCUCCCCUGGUGUUAUGAAGUGGUGGCCGCCAGGCUUGAAAAUUGG